AUGGCGGACAAAGAUGGCAAGCAGUAUAAAUACCGGCAGGAGAUUCAACAGAUGAUGUACGUCUCGGGCGAGACGGGAGAGCCCUCGAUUGAGACUAUGGGCAUCAUCGAGGAGAUUGUCCGCCAGCAGGUCAUUGAGAUCCUGCGCGCCUGCACGGAGCUCGCCGCGCGCCGCGGCUCGAGGUCCAUCACCAUCAACGACCUGAUCUUCCAGAUCCGCGACGACGCGCCCAAGGUGUCGCGGCUGCGCACCUUCCUGUCGUGGAAGGACGUGCGCAAGAAUGUCAAGGACUCGGAGGACAAGGGCGGCGAGGCCGACAUAGGCGCCGCCGAGGACCCGGCCAUGGGCGCGGGCGUGAUGCCGGGCGCGGGGCCCGUGGACGAGGCGGCCAAGAAGAACAAGAAGGCCAAGGUGGGGCUCCCCUGGGAGCCGAGCAGCUUCUACAGCCAGGAGGUGCCGGAGAGGGAGGACGAGGAGGACGAGGAAGAGGAGGAGAUGAACUACAUCACGCUGCAGCGGCUGCGCAAGGCCGACGAGCGGACCAAGGCGAUGACCAAGGAGGAGUACGUGACGUGGUCCGAGUACCGGCAGGCGUCGUUCACGUACCGCAAGGGCAAGCGGUUCAGGGAGUGGGCUGGGUUCGGCAUCGUGACGGACAGCAAGCCGUCGGACGACAUAGUGGAUAUCCUCGGUUUCCUGACCUUCGAGAUGGUGCAGACGCUUACCGAGGAGGCGCUACGGAUCAAGGAGCAGGAGGACCUGUGGAGGGAGAGGACGGGCGGCGAGAACGCCAGCGGCACCAAGAAGAGGAAGCUUCACCAGGGCUUGUUCGACCCGCCCAGCGAGGGCAGGACGCCGGUCGAGCCGAGGCACAUCCAGGAGGCGUUCCGACGGCUGCAGGCGAGGCCGAAGAAGUCGCGCGCCAUGCUGAACGGCACCAGGAUCGCGAAGACCUCGGGCUUGAAGCUAUUCUGA